UUCAAGAGCCAAAUUUAGCCAAAGACUGCUCAAAACAGUUAGUCUCCCUUUGAAGUCUCCCUUUGAAUGAUGUAUGUGCAGAGUUAGUUUUCACAUUCACUGGCUGAAGGAGGAAAGUUAAAGUGCUUACCUUAAAUCUGAGUGGACGUACCAGCAGGAUUUUGUGACAUCACAAAUAGUUUGGAAGCCAGUCACGGUCCAGUACGCAACUUACAGAUGAUGUGGAACUUACGGUGAUGUGGAAACUUGUAACCUCCAGGUCACUUACACUGAGACGUUACAGUGAAGUAGGAGACGUCUUGUGUCCAGCAGUUACACUUUUAAAAUGCACAAUAUCUGCAUAUUCGUAAAUUCCGGAUUUUUUAACGCAGUAGAAGGAGUACAUGUAAUUUGAAGAAUUCUAACAAGUUUUUGUUUGAAGGAAAAUGAGACUAUCGUGGGGGAAACUGGUGCGGCCUAUGUGUUGCAUUUAGCCCAUUCAUCUCAGUUUCCCCCGGUCGGAUCCGUGAAGGGGGGAAGAGCAGUAGGGAUUGCUGUCUGGCUGUCUUUGAUACUACCACUGGAGGAUGCCAAGUGGUGACGUCAGGAGCAAAGAGCAGCAGGCAGUGAGCGGAGAGGCGGAUAAGCAAGACACAACCUGUGCCGGUGCGCAUCUUUCCAAACUUCUCUGUCCGAGAGCACGGAGCAAAACAAAAACGUCAGGAGAGGAGAUCAUCAGGCAGAGCGAUGAAUAACAAUUCUAUCAAUUUAAAUAGGAGUCCGCCGCGGGUCGGCGGCGGCUCCGGGACAGUGGAUCAUGAACUCGUUAUCACCUCUACUUUCGGGACGCUUCUCUCCGUUGUCUACAUAAUCGGGGUGUCGGGGAAUGUGUACACCCUGGUGGUGAUGUGUCACUCGAUCCGCUUCGCCACUUCUAUGUACAUCUCCAUCAUCAACCUGGCUCUGGCGGACCUGCUCUACCUCUCCACCAUCCCCUUCGUGGUGUCCACCUACUUCCUAAAGGACUGGUACUUCGGGGAUGUGGGCUGCCGCAUCCUGCUCAGCCUGGACCUCCUCACCAUGCACGCCAGCAUCUUCACCCUCACCGUCAUGUGCACGGAGCGCUAUCUGGCCGUCACCAAGCCGCUGGACACGGUGAGACGCUCCAAGAGUUACCGCAAAGCCCUGGCAUGGGGCGUCUGGCUGCUUUCUCUGGUCCUCACUGUGCCCAUGAUGAUAAUGGUCGCCCAGACCACUAAGAGCACGCCGGAUGGGGGUGUAAAGAGGAUGUGCGCACCUACCUGGGCGCCCCUGGCUUAUAAAGUAUACGUGACCGUCCUGUUUGGCACCAGCAUCAUGGCACCGGGGAUCAUUAUAGGUUACCUGUACGUCAAGUUAGCCCGCACUUAUUUAGAGUCCCAGCGCAACUCUGUGAUUAGCAAAGGCGGCAAGCGGUCGCCAAAGCAGAAAGUGCUGAUCAUGAUUUUCACCAUCGUGCUGGUGUUCUGGGCGUGCUUCCUGCCGUUCUGGAUCUGGCAGCUGCUGCCUCUGUACCACACCAAGCCCCUGAGCCUGGCCUCGCAGACACACACCUGCAUCAACUACCUGGUGGCGAGCCUCACAUACAGCAACAGCUGUAUUAACCCUUUCCUCUACACGCUCCUCACCAAGAACUACAGGGAGUACCUGAAGAACAGGCACAAGAGCUUCUACCGGUACACGUCCUCGUUUAAGCAGCGGCCGCCCAGCCUCUACUCGUGGGGGAAGUCUGCGUCCUCCAGCAAUCAGUUUGAGUUCAACUCCGAGACGCUGGUCAUGGGGACACUGAAGUGACUAGUGAAUGGGGUGGAAGAGAAGAGACAGCUUUUGGAACCGCAAUAGGUAGGCGAUAACCUCUCCAAUACGCACGGGCCGGUGCGACCCCGUGCGUAAAAAAUUGCUUACUGGUGACCAAAGUCACAGACUUAAUACUUUCUCACCCUUCAAUUUUCUGUAUGAAUUAUUCAAGCAACACUGUUCUGUAGUCAUACUAUAAUCCUUUCUAGUCAGAGGGAAACUUACUGUUAUUCCAUCCAUGCCUGGCCUUUCCCGCCCCCUAAGCCUCACUGAGCCCCGUUAGCACUCUGACUCUUCUCUCUGCUGCGCUCCUUCACCUCCUCACCCUCAGAGGAGAAAGUGAUUCUGCAGUGUUAAAUGCAAGGCCUCAGUGGUAAUUACAGGAGCUAAAGAAUUCGUGGUAAAAGCAGACACGAUUUAAAGAGUAGACUUAUUACAGGUUAAUUUGGGCUUUUAUUUGAAAUACAACAACAAUGCAACAAUUCAGCAUAAAUAUAAAUACAUUUAGAUAAAGGAUUAUAGUAUUUUCAAAACAUAUAUAAUAAUAGUUUGUGGAAAGUAAUUUAAGUUCUGAUAACAUGAGUAUGGCUGGAUUAACCUGUUAGGGGGGCCUGGGCCAAAAAUGUGCUGUUGGGCCCUUACAGAUCCCCCACCUACUGCCAAGGCUGGAUUACCAACCAGACAAAGCGGGCCCCAAGGUUGUUUGUGUGGCAGUUAUUUUAUGGUGAUUUGAUUAGAUAUUAUGCACCACUAAAAAACAAUUAAAAAACUAUAUGGUAAAUGCCCUUAGGUGGCUCCUCCAGUUCCUUGGGGGCCUGUCUUAUAGAGGGGACAUGCUGUUAAUAUCAUGCGUACAUGGUCCAUGUUCUUAAACAAAUUUGUGUUUAAUCAUAUCAUCAAACUAAAUGACAUACUGCAUAAAACUUAAAUUGGGGCCUGCAGCUCAUUUUUGUCCAGGGGCCCCCUAGUGCGUUAAUCUGGCUCCGACUUCCCUUUAUACAAUGUGUAUAUACCCUGCUGCCAUGUUCCCAAACCCAGUGCAUACACCUCUGCUGGAGUACAUCAUUUGUGGUUAUUUGAUUAAACACAACUUUCUUAGGAAUAUGCAUCAUGGGAGUGCUCCUGUGGCCAAGGGGUCGAGGCCCCGAACAUGAAACGCAAUGUCAACAGUUUGAGUUUGGCCGGGGACAUUUGUUGCAUGUCAUUCCCCAUCGCGCCCUCCCCUUAUUUCCUGUCAUCUCUGUUCUGUAAAGUCUCUAAUAAAGUAUACUUAUGCUAAAUACUUGAACAAAAUGAAUGUGAAGCCUAAUACAAACUAUAAUAAUAAACGCUCUUAAAACGAGAUUUUGACGCAGGACCCCUCUACAAGACACAAAUUUAGUUAAAGAUUUGAGACCAUUCUUAAGGUGAUAAUGUACAAAUGUCCUAACAAAUUUGCAAUUAAUCAAAUUAUCAAAACCAAUUUGGGGGCCCCUCAAUGUCUGGGGCCCCGGGGCAGUUGACUGUAAGUAAUCCAUCCUUGGACAUGGGUGGUCCUGUGCAACGACGUUUUAUUUACCAUCACAUCACACAUUAAAGCUCAAAAUAAUCUAUUUCCAUACCAGUCACAUGGCGAGUGGGUGUUUUGCUGUGUGACUGAAUUUAGCUCAGAGGAACAGAUUAGAGCCCACAUCUGGACCUCAGACCUCACACCUACUGCUGAGACGUUGCGCUUCCAGCUAGGCUUUGUAUGCUUUGUUAACUAGUCUGAACU